GUCAGAAAACUGUGAGAGUGUCAGCACAUUACUGUACAGAUAAAUGUCCUGAUUCACGUUACGGCCGCAACUGUGAAGGAGAGUGUGGCCAGUGUAAAGAUGGAGAGCCCUGUAAUAAGAAGACUGGAAUCUGUUUUAGAGGCUGCAGUAAUGGCUACAUAGGAUACAAGUGUGAUGAAAAAUGUCCUUGGGGGAUGUAUGGCAAGAACUGCAAAGUGAACUGUGGCUACUGCAAGACUGGCACCACGUGUGACCCUGUGACCGGCCGAUGUCUCAGUGGAUGUCAAGCUGGAAAAAUGGGAGACAACUGUACCACUGACUGUGAAGAUGGAAUGUAUGGAGAAAACUGUUCAUUUGCUUGUGGAAGUUGCAAGUUUGGGAAGCCAUGUCUUGCAAAAACCGGCCAGUGUAUGGACGGUUGUAGUGAUGGGUUCCUCGGGUACAGGUGUGCUGAAGGAAUCGUGGCACUAGAGGAAGGGAAGAUAACUGGUGGGAUCAUCGCUGGUGUUGUCAUCUUCCUUAUCAUUGCCAUCAUCAUCGUUGUGGUGUUUGUGGUCUACAGACGGAGACGCCACAAGCGUAUGGACGUGAGCAACCCCCUGCCUCUGGACCCGAGGGAUACAGAGAAUAACGGACACAGUGAGAGCGCCCGCUUGUUGAGUGACUCACGGGUCGGAGAUGCUACAAGGCUGGAUCAAGAUGAAAAUGGAGGAGGCGAAGAGAUCAAUGAGCCGAUAUAUGUCAACAUCAACAGCAAGAAACAGACAAGCCCCGUGAAACUGGUGGACCUUGCAGAUUACAUCAAGAAACACAGGGAGAAUAACUGUCUCGGAUUUAAACAGGAGUUUGAGGAACUCCCUAUGGGUCUGCUAGCUCUGUGUGAGGUGGCCCGACGUGCUGAUAAUAAGGCCAAGAAUAGAUACGGAAACAUCGUAGCAUAUGAUCAUUCCAGAGUUACCUUAGACCCCAUGGCCAAUGAAGCCAACUCGGAUUACGUCAACGCAAACUUCAUGGAUGGCUACAGCAAACAACAUCAGUACAUUGCAUCUCAAGGACCAAACAAAGCCAUGAUUCGGGACUUCUGGCGGAUGGUGUGGCAGCAGAGAGUGUGCAAGGUGGUCAUGUUGACCAACCUAGUAGAGGCUUGUAAGAAAAAAUGUGAGCAGUACUGGCCGGAGGAGGGCGGCAUCAAGUACGGGGAGGUGACCGUCAGGAUAGUGGACACUGCCAAGUACACAGACUACACCAUCAGAACGUUUGAAAUAUCACAGUUGGAGAUCAGCCGUAUCGUGAAACAGUUUCACUUCACGACAUGGUCAGACCACGGCGCACCCACCUACCCUACAACCCUCCUGGCCUUCAGACGGAAGGUCCAGAUGUACAACCCGGAGUCCUCUGCUCCCAUCCUCUGUCAUUGCAGUGCUGGGAUUGGCCGUACUGGGACCUACAUAGCCCUUGACUACCUGUUGGAACAGGCCCAGUCGGAGGACCAAGUGGACGUCCUGUGUAUAGCCCAGCUGAUGAGGACCAACCGUGUCAACAUGAUCCAGACAUGGGAACAAUAUGCAUUUGUGUAUGAUGCUGUGCUUGAGGCCGUCAAAUCAGGGGAGACAACUAUAGCAAAGUCUGCAUUCCGCUCUACAUACCAAAAUAUGCUGAGUUCAGCUACAGAGGGGGAGCCUAAUAAACUAGAGGAACAGUACCAGGUGCUACAGACCCUGUCCCCCACAGUGGAAAGAAGUGAGUGCUCUGCAGCCUACGCCGAGGAGAACAUGAACAAGAACCGAUUCAAGAACAUAUUGCCAGCCAAUCGGUGUCGCCCUUUCCUGUACACGCCUGUUGACAACUGUACUGACUACAUCAAUGCUGUGUUCCUCCCUGGAUGCACACAGAAGGACCGCUUCAUCGUCACUCAGAUGCCGCUGCCCAACACUGUGGCCGACUUCUGGCGCAUGUUGUACGACUAUACCUCUGAUACCAUCAUCAUGCUCAAUGAGUUUGAUAGGAACGACAAGGUAGUGGCAGUGCCGCUCACGGAGGAAUAUGGCUAUACAGAAGAGUAUGGCCCCCUCAACGUGGAGCUGCUGUCAUCCUCUGAAGCUGACCCUGACGUCACCAUCCGCAUCUUCAAACUCAGCCAUCUUGUCAAGGGUGAGGAGAGAGCAGUGAAACAGUUCAUGUUCAAGUCAUGGCCAGACUACCAGACAGUGCCCAACUCACGGACAGCUCUACUAAGGCUGCACAAACUCACCACAGACUGGCUCAAGCAGAACGGCAAAGGCCCAGUCACAAUACACUGCAUGAAUGGCGCCAGCAAGAGCGGGGUGUUUGCUGCCGUAAGUUUGGUGCUGGAGAGACUGAGCCUGGACCAGGAGUUGGAUGUGUACCAGACCGUCAAACAGAUCCGCAUCAACAGACCACAGUUCAUUGAGAACUAUGAACAAUUCCAGUUCUGCUACCAACUCAUCAUGGAAUACCUUGACAGCCAAGAGUAGCCAUAGCAACCGUUGAUCAAUCAUAGCAACAUUCCACGGUUACAAUAACCACCAUCCCAGCAUUCCAUAGCUCAAAGCAAAUGCUUGUGAUGUUUUAGUAUCUCAAAUUGUCAUUUUCAAUUUUACAAACCAUGAAAGCUUUAGUCAGUGUUAUGUAAUGGAGAUAUUACUUUUGCUCAGAUUUAUAUAUAUGUUGUACACCAUCAGGAUAUUUUAACAAGUUGUUUAUUGAUUGUAUUUUCUGAUAUGAACUUAAGAGUUAAGAUAUUUUUAAUUGUGUUGACUUUUAAAGAUUGUUGAAUUCAUUUGCAUCUUCUGAAAGGUUGUUAUAUAAGUUACCUAUGUCAAAUUUGUUUAUUUGCCAAUGGUUAAUUUGCAGAUGUUAGGAAAGUAGUAUGUUCAGAGACAACAGGUAGUAUUUUUCCCAGAUUAUGCAUUCACUGCUUAUGUGAUGUGUCAUACAAACGUUUAUUAACUGAUAGAAGUAUUACAUGUAUGUCUGGAGCUGCCGUCAACAGGGGCUAUACUGUACUCUGUUGUGAGUGCAUACUAAGGUUGUGAUGCAGUGUGACAUACUGUGAAACCUUGUGAAUGUGGAACCUGUUAUAGUGGACACUAGGAGUCUGAACCUUGUGAUUCUGUAUUGUCUGUGUCCUCGGAUACAGUCCUACUGAUGGUAUCCUCGGAUACAGUCCUACUGAUGGUGUCCUCGGAUACAGUCCUACUGAUGGUG